ACAGAUCCCGUAUAUCAUCUGGAAUAAAAGAGUUGGGUACCGUAGGUUCCGUGCCUGCUGGUCUUUAGCGGUAAGUCCUAGCGUCAGGUACCUGCCGCGACGGCACGGCGAUCAUCCUUGCAGCCUGUGGUGGUUCCGAUGCCCCUCUCUGUCUCUCGAACUUUUGGUGCUCUGUGCUCUGUACGACGUAGCCUGUGGAAGGUGGUUUGCAUUGUUUGACCUUGACUGUCAGCCACUGAACCCUAAUAAUCCGUCGCGUAUUCUGUUCUGUGUCAUGCAGACUUCUUUCCCGGAUCGCCAUGUCCGACGAAGUUUCCAAUUUUCUGCGUUCAGUAGAGCAGCUGAAGGAAAGGCGCGACCAAGAAGACGAGGCGCGUUCUAGGGAGCUGGAGGAAAAGUUUCUGCAAGAACGGCGAGAGCGUCAGGCUCGGCGAGCAGAACGUGCAAGGUCAAUUUCUCCUCAGAAAUCCUCACCCGCAAAUACCCCACCGCCGUCUUCACAACGUCUCAGCAGAACUCAUGUCUCAGGCCUGGAUGGCUUAAAGCUGGGCGCGUCUCCUCUGCUCGCCAGUCCCGCAAGUCCAUCAGCUCGUGCCGCUCUCCAAAUUGACACGACGGAUGCUUCUACCGACUAUUCGACCUCUCCUACUAAGGAAAACUAUCCCUUGUCUGACUCGGACACAAAACGAUCGAGCGCGACCCUGACCUCCCCUUCCACGGCUGGGCUGCCUGCACGUUCCCCCUUGUCCUGGCAGAGGCGACCGACAUCGCAAACCUCGGAGCGACCGAAAAGCCGGCCGCUUUCCAUCGUCGCUACAGAGAACGCCACCGCCCGCUCCUCCACUUCGGCCGAGCAAGCCCCGGCAGAGCAAAAUCCCUCCAAGGAACAAAUUGCUCAGGCCCUCUCCGGGAAGGACCCAGCCUGGUUCCGUCAGACGCCCGAUCGCGGACUGAGUUCGGCUGCAUAUCGGCGGAAUCAGGUGGAGGACGAGGACACUCUUGAUAUGACAUCCGUUCGCGCCCAGCUUCCUGGGAUGGCGCGUGACUCCUCAAUGGACCGACCGAAGGAACCAUCGGACCCUCUGCCGACUUCUCCAGCGUCUCAGGGCAAAUUUGGGUCCCCCCUAGUCUUGAGCAGCGCGCAGAGAUUUGACCCUCCAAGCACCGGGGCUAGUGCGGAGGAUACUUCUGCAUUCGUUGACCGCCAAGCGGUCACGUCCCCUGGAGGGCGGACGUCGCCGACUCGGCCGCUUUCGCCGACCAAGGGUAUGGGUGGCUUCGUUCAAAGUGCAAUGAUGAAGCGAUCGGAUAGUGUCAAGCGUUGGAGUGUGAAUUCUUCAACAGGACUGCAACGAGCCGAUUCAACCGUGUCCAACCGCACCGGCCUCGACCACUCACAGCGGACAAGCACACCGAAGGAAAAUUCCCACCGUACUAGCCUUCUACGUGAAGAAUCAAGGACACCUUCGAGACCAACUUCGAGUGACGGGCAAGAGCCUGGAAAUACCGACGAGAAACCCGGGGCCGGGCCCAAGGAGGACGAGGAAAAUGCCACGCUCCCUACAAGCCCCUCGAAGACCAUGGACCCGCGGAGAUGGAGUCCCACCAAGUCAAGUUGGCUCGAGACGGCAUUAAACAAGCCAGAAUCACCAAAACCGAAACCUACCCCUCCUCCGUCAAACCAACCGGCAUGGAUGGUCGAGCUCAACAAGGCGAGGGCGCAACGGGCUAAUAAUGGCAGCGUCGACCUCGGCCGAAAUUCUCCUGUGCCACGGAAGCACGAGGUGAAAACCGGGGGGCUUAUGAGGUCGUCACCCAUGGGAAUUAAUGUGAAGCCAACUGGCUUAGGCGGACUUGGCGGCGUUGGCCUCGCACCCGUGAUACCCGCCGGCGACAAGACCCCUGUCGCGAGCUUGCGCGGCAGCCUCUCGAGGCGCGCAUCGGAAGCAGGGACUGAAGAAGCAGAAGGGGCCACCUCGAGUUCCGAUACGGCAAAGCCAGAAACCCCGCCAAAGAAGGAUUUCCGUACGAACCUGAAGCCGCGGCAGCCUCAGCCAGACACGGGAGGGCCGGGACAGAAGGAUGAGCUGAAGAACGUGUUUGGGGGCUUGCGGCGGACCAAGACCCAGAAUUACGUGGCGCCGGACGAGCUGAAGCACAACAUCUUGCGGGGGAAGGCAGCGCUAAAUCUGACUGGCGGCCCGAAGAAGACGGAGAGAAAAGACGAGUUCAAGGAAGCAAUUCUGAAGAAGAAAGAAGAGUUCAUAAAGGCUCAGCAGGAAGGCCGCGGGGCCACGAGGCGCUCAAGCACGUCUAGCGAGAAAACUAUCCCUGAAGGCCUUGCAAAGAAGAUGGAGCUGAACCGGUCCAGCACCACUUCCAAGCGAGACUCGGCCGUGUCCGACGCACCAUCGGAAUUUCUCAGCCGAACAAGUGCAUCCAACCGGUCAAGCACCAUCUCGACAUUAUCCGGCCGCGAAUCAGCCGACAUAACACCUCUAUCUACCCCGAAGGCCUCCACUUGGGUCGAGAAAGACAUCCCCGCGACGCUGCCUGUUCUACAGAAGGAGACUAGCGCACCAGGCCGCCUCCAAAACCGGCCAGGGGGAAGUGCGUUGGCCGACCGAUUCAAUCCAGCACUGGCAGGUAUAUUGGCCCGAGGUCCUCCUGGAGCGGGGUCUGGCCCAACCAAGGGCUCCGGCGGAUCUCCCACCCAAGCAUCUUCUGGAGGGGAUGAGCCAGGCGGUGCUUCUAGCGGCCCACAACUGACGCAUAUGACGAAGAACCGAGCUCGUGGUCCUAAGAGGAAGACUCCUUCUAGCGUUGCAAAGUCGGUCGGGGACACCAAAGCCGCAGAACCCGCACCCGCAUCGGCACCCGCACCCGCACCCGCACUCACACCGGGGAAGAAGACACCGCUUGGAGCAGAGGCAGAGAAGUAUGACAUCAAGCCACCCAUGUCGAAGCCUACUAGUCAAGGAAACCCGGCGCCCCUGGCGCUUGCGCGCAAACCCGAAGUGGUGGCUCUUGCCGAUUCAUCGAAGGUGGUUUCUAAAGAAAAGCCAGCUCCACCCCGCCAAGUUAUAUCCCUGGUGGACUCGUCGAAGAAGAUAGUAGCUGAAGGGCCAAGGUCAGCUGGCCACCCAAUCUCUUUCGGCGACUCACCUGGCUAUAAGCCACGACCUCGCUCGCCAACGAAGGUUCACGAGCAAGUCGCCGCGCUCGCUGCCAAGAGCCAACCAGUGGCCAAGGCCGCAAAUGAGAAGGAAGACCCGGUUUCUCAGCCAUCGUCGCCUAAAAAACUGAACUUGAAUAGGCUGUCGAAGUUUUUCGACGAGAGUGGCCAGACUGGCUCGAAGGUUGAAGGGGAGGAGGCCCGGCCUUCAUCUCCCACCAAAUUUCGGCCUCUCCCUGAGCCGGUUUCUAGCGCUCCUCAAAGCAAGGCAGAUGACAAGGUGGAUUCCGAUCCUGUGGUCUCCGUCAAGAACGCCAAGACCCUCUUCGGCGGACCAGCCCUGGGACAUGCAGAAGCGGGACGGCCGAGGUCACCCCCAAAAGGGGCAUCCAAGCCUCUACCACUUCCUCCAACAUCUGGCGUGACCUCCCCGCCUUUGGCAUCUCCGGCACGAUCUCCCACAAAAUCCUCGCUAGAGAUAUCUGCAGCGUUGACCGAAUUCUUUGGGCCCGAGCGUCCCAAGAGGAACUACAAUGUUGAUACGGCCGAUAUCCUGGCACGGAGGCCGGCAGCCGGGCCCAAAAUCCGGACGCAGAAGGUUCAGUUGUUCCAAGUGUCUGGGGAUGGAAAGAAGCAGCCCGUACCUGCGCACUACGAACGAGUGCUGUUUGAGCGCGAGAUGUACCUCUGCCCGCACACCUUUGUCAACGAGUCGGGACGGAAAGUGAACGAAGUCUACUUCUGGGCUGGAGACGAGGUCCCUGAAUCAGCUGUCGAAGAUGCUCAUGUCUUCAUCCAGCGAGAGGCAAGGUCAUUCGGGGGAAAGCUUAUCAAGCUCACCCAGGGCAAGGAGACGCCCGAGUUCAUCCAGGCCCUCGGGGGCAUCAUCAUCGUCCGCCGUGGUUCCAGCAACAAAUACGACUCGCUAGCUCCCAACAUGCUGUGCGGCCGCCGGUAUCUUGGCGAGAUCGUGUUCGACGAGGUCGACUUCUCCCCGUCGAGCCUCUGCUCCGGCUUCCCGUACCUGAUCACGCAGCAAGGACAGUGCUAUCUAUGGAAGGGCAGGGGCAGCGACGUGGCCGAGUUGAGCUGUGCGCGGCUGGUAGGCAUGGAUCUCGCCCUGAUGGGGGAGCUCAGCGAGAUCGAGGACGGCAAGGAGCCGGCCAACUUCUGGAACAUCUUUGACGGAGGGGCCAAGCCCAGUUCUGCGGACCACUGGAGACUGAAGCCAAACUACGACAAGUACUGCGGACGCCUGUUCCAUUCGGACGCAGCCGAUCGCAAGCAGGUCCUAGAGCUCUCCCCCUUCAGCCAGGUCGACCUCCUGCCGACGGGCAUCUACAUCCUCGACGCCUUCUUCGAGAUGUACGUCGUCGUGGGCGCCCAGGCGCGGGGCCAGUACGCGUCCUUCCACAACGCCCUCGACUUUGCGCAGGAGUACGCCAUCCUCGCCUCGGGGAUGGAGGACCGGCCCUUUGUGCCCAUCUCGACCGUCGUCCUCGAGGGCAUCCCCAGGGACCUCAAGAGCGUCUUCCGCAAGUGGUCCGACGCCGCCAGCCCCACCGUCAACGGCCCGGCCAGCCCGACGGCCAGCAGCCCGAACCUGAGGCGCGGCCGGAGCUUGCGGAUCGUCCCGCUUACGCACGCGCUGCAGGCGAUGACGGAGUAAGGGUGGGUAGAUAGAUGUUGGAUGAGGAUGGAGGGGAUGAUGUCUGGUGUUACGAUUCUGUACACUUAUGUUUUAGAUCAACCUAUCGCCAUCACGGUGGGAAAUCAUUGGGGGGGAGGGCGCUAAUUUGGAAGGGCAAACUGCAUUUGCUGCUGAUCUUCAUACAGCGCCCCAGGUGUCAGAACCACGGAUGCAUGGGAUCGAGGGGCGAUAUGGGGGAGUGACUUCGGCGCCUAUGUGGAAGAUAUU